AUUUUUUUUUAAUUUUUAACCUUAAAAAGUUUCAUAAUCACAAUAAAAAGUUGGUUAAUUUUGAAGUUUAUAAUUAAUUAAUACUUGAGUAUGUUUACUUUAAAAAAUACUUCAAAUUCAACGCUGUUACUUGGACCACCGAUCACUGCUAAAUCAUUCUUAUUUGAAGCUGCUAUGCACUGGGCAGAAAAAGGAAAUUUAGUUUUCUUUAUUACUCCAAGUCCAUUGAAAUCUUUUCCCGCUCAGUAUCAUGACCGAAAGGAUGUACCGCCCGCAAUAUAUGACAUGAUCAAAUUUCUAUAUCUUGAAACUUAUGAUGUAUUAGCAGAACAACUGGUAGACUUACAUACUUUUUCAAAACUUCCGUCGCUAAUUUUAGUUGAUAAUCUCGAUACUUACAUCAAAGGUGUGCAAAACACUGAACUUGAAGAUAUGCAUAUAGCUAAACUAUGCGCUGUUUUGCAUGACUCUGUAAACGCCUGUUCCAGAGUUAAAAAAUGUCAAGUACUUCUUUGCGCUUCAAUAACCGGUACCAGUUUACAAAGUACUCCUUACCCUUUGUACUUUGACAAUAUAUGGUACUUGACGGUUGAAAAAGACACCGAUGAAUUGAUCAUCAAGUUCACUGAGGUUUCAACCAACUCCGAAAGCGAAAUCAAAGAACCGAAGGCCUUUGAGUAUCGGAAAUUUCGAGAUAAAACGCUUAUUCUUACUAAAAUAUUUAAUGUCAAUUUAGAUUAAUUAAUUUUUCAUUUCAGUCCCUAAAUUAUUUCUUA